UUGAAAUUAGAAGGAGUGUUAGCUUAAUAACAUUUAAUACUUUUUAACCAGAAAUGAAACUCUUGUUGAUCUGUUUGCUGCUGAUUAGUGUUGUAUCUUCAACAUUUGUUGUUUAUCGCUACUCACCAUGGACAAGUUUCUAUAGACCUUAUUAUCGUGGAUAUUAUGGCGGAUAUUAUGGACGAAGAUGGUAUCCAUCAUAUGGCAGUUAUGGUCAUCAUGUUAUACAUAUUGGAUAAUUGUUUUAAAUUAAAAUCAAAUAAAGAUUAGAGAACGGUGUAAAUUUAAUAAUGCGCAUUGUAGGAUUCAAGUUUUGAUCGGCAAACAUUUAAU